CUUAAUUUAGGAUUAUAUAUUCUUGCUCUAUAUGUUAUUUUCAUUGUUCAUAAAAUCCAAGGAGGCAAAUUGCAUCCAACCAUCAAAAAGGCAUGGUAUGAACAAGUUUUUCCAUCAAACAAUGACGGUGGCAUCAAUUAUUUUGCCACACAUGAAACAGCACCUGCUAGCUACUUUGGCCUUGUGGCUAUAAUGGAUGUGUAUGGACACAACAUCAGCGAUGGCCGUAUCUUAACAGGAAUUUGGAUUCAUAAUCGACAGCCUGAUCCCAAAAUAGAUGUGAAUGCAAUUUGGGUUGGAUGGCAAGUUUGGCCAAGACAUUAUGGGGAUUCACGUACUCACUUCUUCACUACCUGGACGAGAGAUUCGUACCGCACAGGGUGCUAUGACAUGGCUUGUCCUGCAUUCCAGCUUGCAAGUGGAUCAAAAAUUGUGCCGGGCACUCCCAUAAAGCAUGCAUCCGAUGUUAAUGGGAAGCGACAGAAGAUUACAAUCAAAAUUUUCAGAGAGAAGUCAACUGGAAAUUGGUGGAUACACUAUGGCUUCAACAAGGCUCCAAGAACCGUGAGAUAUUACCUUGCAAAGUUGUUCAACAGGUUGGGAAAAGUGACUGAUAUUGGAAUUGGUAGCGUUGUUGUAAGGAAUGGGGACGCCCCAUCUCCUCCCAUGGGUAGCGGAUUCCCGCAGUCGGAUAAGGCCGCGACAAUUACCGAUAUUUCAUUCAUCACUGAAGAUGGCAGAAUUAGAGACGCAUCUACAGAAAUUAGAGACCAGAAGUAGUUGUUACUCUAUCACAUCGGUCGAAGGUGCGAAAUGCUCUUAUGGAGGUUCUGGAGGCUGCUCCGCGUGAGUUAAGUAGAUUUUACAUGUAUGUACAUGA